AUGUCCUCUCAGCCGCCUCAACAAAUCCAACCUACAUCGAAUGGAGUCAGCCGGUCCAACAGCAAGACAUCAUCGGGCACUAGAGCUCGCUCGAGUUUGGGACUCAGCCCCUUGUUCCAUCAAGAUGACCUAUACGACAUGAUCCCCGGAACGUCGCUCUCUGAAGUCAACACUGAUUUGCGACUGAUGUUGUCAAAUCUUAUCAGCCACGCGCCCGCUCGUCGUCGCGGCGGGUCUCGGAAGCAGCCUCAUGCCUACGUGAUUAAGUGGGUAGACUACACCAACCGUUAUGGAAUCGGCUAUGUUUUAGAUGAUGGCAGUGUGGGGUGUGUAUUUAAAGGAGAAAACGGCCAACCUGCUAGCAGCGUCGUGGUGAGAGAUGGCGAGAGGCAUAUUCGUCGCAAAGCUCGAAGUGUCGAUACCCCCGAGGUUAAAGGAAUUCCUUACUCCGAGUCUGAGCAGCUUGUCCCUCGCCACGGUAACGCCAUCGAAUUUUACGAAAACAGAGAUGAUGAUUUACUCGGCUGCCGCGGCAUUCGAAGAGGCAUGGUAUCGCCUUCCUUGUUUGACGCCAGAAGCUCCAAGGUCAUGAAGAUCCGAGUCAACUCCGGAUCCGAUGCCGACAGAUGCGAUGCAGAGAAGAUCAAGCGUGUCAAACUCGUUGACCAAUUUGGAAAGUAUAUGAUCGGGUCGUUGGGUCGCCAUGGCGACGACGGUCUUGCAGAUGCGCCCGCGCCCCGGCAGACAAGUGGGCAGUUUAUAAAAUUCUACCAGCGACUGGGCAAUGUGGGAAUUUGGGGCUUCGGCGACGGUGCUUUCCAGUUCAACUUCCCCGACCACACCAAACUUGUCAUCUCCCCUGGUCGUACGCGCAGCUCUUCCCCAUGGAUCGAUUUUUAUCACCUUUCGCCCUCGGCAGCGCGGUAUUUCGCGGCCAAGGGAAAAAUGCAUCCGUCCGGUUUCGAUACACGUGCUAUUGCAUCCGACGAAGCUGCUACCUUCAUCAGCAUUGCAAAUGGCAGCUCCAGCAAUUCAGUCGAGGAGCGCAUCCGUGAGAUCCUGGAUGCCAACUCAUUCAUGGAGAAAAUUGGGUUCAUGAAGGAAGUUCUGAAAGGCUGGAUUAAAUACGGUCGACUUGGUGGUCGUCCAUCCACCAAUAAGACUCCUUCCGGGGUCGACUCCGUGGCCCCUGAGUUAUUCUGGCAAGGAACCCAGGAACGCACACCAACCGGAGGCCAUGGAACCAAAUUCGUUUGGGUAACUGUUGGCGCGCCGGACGGCGAUGGCGAGUAUCGCUCUGUGAUGCUGAAAGAUAGUGACCGCGAGAAAUUGGAGAAAAGAGGAGGACUGAGCGGUGGAGUGGACCAUGAAAAGGAGAUGGAUGUGCUCCGGGAGCGAUUGCGGAUGAUGGGCCGCGAGUAA